UUCCUGCCACACUCCACAGUCGCUCGCUUGCUUCAAACACUUCAACAUGAUUACGAAGGUACUGGUUUUGCUAUUGGUGUUUGCCUCAGCCCAGUCCAGACCCGAGGAUCUCUAUACACAUGCAGACGUGAUACAUCACUCACAGCCCAUUUAUGAGGACACCAUACCGUAUGAAUUCGCCUAUGCUGUGAACGAUGAAUAUGCCGGAGCAGACUUUGGCCACAGCGAGCAAUCAGACGGUGAGAAUGUGAAGGGAUCUUACAGUGUCCAACUACCUGACGGCAGGAAGCAAGUGGUAACGUACGUGGCUGAUGAUUACGCAGGCUUUGUAGCACAAGUCCAGUACUACGGCCAAGCCCAGUAUCCCGCGACCUACGGACCUCCUGUUACCUUCCGACCAAUUUAUGAACCGCAGUUGGUAUACCAGUAAUCCUAACUUGUGGUACAAAUAAUCGUCUACUAACAGGAUACCAGUAACCCGCGUAACAUCACCUUUCUUGUGAACUACCAUGUUGUUGAUUUUGUAAUUUUAACUAGUCACUUUAGUUUUUCAAUAAAUAUUUUCAUAUAAA